AGAUCGUCAUUUUAGGGUAUGUGGACAAAAGUUGUUAUCUUUCUCGUAACUAUUUCUUCCGUCCAGGGUUCCCUUCUGUUUCAAGAAGCUAAGAUUGGAGAAACUGUCAAACUCGAACUGGGUUCCGAUGUUGUGACAUGGAAGCGCGUGAGAAAGGGUGAUGUAGAAGAGUUUAUCAAAUACUGCGGACCCACUGAAAAAGGCCCAAGAUGCGCACAAUUUGUAAAUGCGAACAACAAACCCGUCCCUCCCGCAACCAAAGCUCAUGUAGAAAAGGAUGGCACCCUUAUCAUCGAAUCUUUCAAAGCAGCUGACGCCGGUUUGUAUUCGUCACCGGAUGUAAAGCCAAAUGUUCAAACUUUACCAGAUGGAAGCACAGAAUCUACUCUUGGUCCUCAUAUACAACUUGUUGUCCAGAAUUGAAUAUCGUUGGUUUGUCAUCUAUGUGCUA